AAUUUACUCUUCAAGUAUUAUUAAAGCUACGUCUGAUAGACGUAGCAUGCAUAAAUAUUGCCGCUAAAAUAGGGAAGUUAGCCACUAGAAAGGAUACGGACAUGGAUGGGUUCAGGUGCAAGCCGAUGGCACUGGGCAGCAUGGACUAGAUAGGCCAAAUGGCCUGUUCCUGUGCCGUAGUGCUCUAUGAAUGAAAGAUACUGCCAAUUAUUGAUGCAGUAUAAAGCCUGGGCUCUCUUACCGUGUUAAAGGCACGAUGUAAAUGUCGGGGGAGGGGGUAAAAUGUUAUUUCUUCUCAUCCCAUGAGUUUUAGUGAAAGCUAUCUCUCGUUUUUAAUUCAGACGAACACACCUUAGUCUCUUGCGCGAUAAAACCUCGAAAGCAAUUUGCAUAUUUUUGCAUAACUAACAUAGAAUCAACUCCCGAAAGUUGCUCUCCCCGGGAACAGACACUGCUCAGGUCGCCUGGAGUUGCUCUAUAUGCGCAUGCGUGCACGGGCGGGCCCCGGACCUGAUUUUCGUGUUUCCACGGAGACCACAGCUGGGGGUUUUGACAAUGAACAACCCCGAGGUGGUGUUCACGUUGUUUUACGUCGUUUUGUGCUUCUGCUUCGUUUUAACCCCGACUGAGUUCCGUUCGGCGGGAUUGACGGUGCAGGAUCUGCUGUCCGAUCAGCUGGGCAGCGAGCAGCUGGCCUUCGUCCACUACCACAUCCGCAGGACGGCCGCCACUCUCGCCGUGCACUCACUACUGCCCCUAGGUUAUUAUGCUGGAAUGUGUUUUGCAACUUCUGAUGAAAAGCACUACUAUGUCCUUGUGAGCAAGGGAUGGAUUAUUUACUUGGCGAUAGCUGUGCUAAUUCCUGUCAUUGUUAGUCUCAUCGUUUGGUAUUGGUCCUUGAAUAAUUGGGGCAAUCAUCCGAUAGCCCGAAGCCUUGCACACUAUGCCCUUCCUCAGUCCAGUUGGAGAGCUGUGGCAUCUUCUGUUAAUACAGAGUUCCGACGGAUUGAUAAAUUUGCCUCUGGUGCACCAGGAGCCCGAGUUGUUGUCACUGAUACCUGGGUGAUAAAGGUGACUACGUAUCGUGUUUAUAUAGCACAGCAACAGGACAUUCACCUCACCCUGACUGAAUCAAGGCAGCACGAACUGUGUCCUGACUUAAAUACACCAGUGCAAUUCCUCACAAUCCGAGUGGGCAUCAUCAAUCCACAUAUCACACCAUUUGACAUUAGGUUGAAUUCAACAGAAUAUGGUGAACUGCGUGAGAAGCUCCAUACUACAAUCCGGAAUGCCCAUAAUGUGGUCAUCCAUCAGUCUCUGAGUGACAUGUUUUUGGACACAUUCAAAAUCCAAGUAGAAUUGAAUCAACGUUAUCAUCUUUCUGGGAAUCAGGAACUGGAGCCAUGCAUUGGCUGUAUGCAGACAGCUGCUAACAUCAAGCUUGUCAAAGUCUGUAUGGACCCAACUGAGGGUGAAUGCCAACAGUGCUACUGUCGUCCUAUGUGGUGUCUGACCUGCAUGGGGAAAUGGUUUGCCAGCCGCCAAGACCAGCAGCAUCCAGAAACGUGGCUUUCAAACCGGGUGCCUUGCCCUACUUGUCGAUCAAAGUUCUGCAUUCUUGAUAUCUCUAUUGUUAGCUAAAAAUUACUUGUGAGCCUAGUUGUCUGUUUACAUGCAAGAUUUCAUUUCUGGCCUUGUGCAUUCUGGUACUGUAAUAACAACCAAUUUUUGUUAGAUGGUUUGAAUGCCUCUGAAAGUUACAUUAUUCACUUGUUUACAAUUUUGACCCAAGGAUUUGUGAGUUGCUGCCUCAAAAUCCAACAAACUGGAGGAGUUUCUGUAACAAAAUUCCUGAGGUAUUCAUUCUCUUUUUUACUCCAUUGCAGAGUGGCGCAGUGCUGCAGCAGUUAGUGCUGAUGCCUCAUUGUCUUGGAGAUGCAUGAUCAGUUUUGACUUUGGCUGCCAUCUGUAUGAACUUCCACAUUCUCCCUGUCAUUCCAUGCAGUUGUUCCAGGUUCACCAGUUUUCUAUAUAUCCCAAAGAAGUGCUGGUAGCUAAUUGGCUACUGUAAAUUGUCAUCUUAAAGGAUCAAGGGAAUAGUUUGCAGAUCUGAAGGAGAAUCUGUUGCAGGGGUACUGGAAGUAAGAGGAGUGGAUUAAGGUUGAUGGAAUCAUUGUGGUUGGUGGUAUAGAUUCAAUGGGCUGAGUGCCUUUCUUCUCUGAUGUAAUUAGCAGGUUAAAUUUAUUACACCUAAACUGAAACCUGUGUCUCCAUCUGGUGGGAAGGUUAAAAUCUAAUGGCUUUUGUCACAGAAGAAGUCAGAUCAAGAAUUCACUACAGGGAGGUGGGGGGGGGGGGGGUCACAGCUAACACUGCCCCACAGUGCUGGGUUCAAUCCUGGCCUAAGAUGCUGUGGAGUUUGCACAUUCUUCCUGUGACUACCUGGCUUUCCUCCUACGUUCUCAAAGGUUUGUACAGGUUGGUUAAUUGGCCAUUGUAAAUUGCCUCUUGAGUUCAGGUGAAUGAGAAAUCUGGGAGGAGAUGAUUAGAAAAUGCAGAGAAUAAAACUGCAAUUAAAGAGGGAUUGGUGUAAAUGGAUGGACAAUGGUCACGUAAGGUUUGGCUUGAUGGGCUGAAGUGUCUGUUUCUGUGUUGUGUGAGUGGGUGACAAUUGAACUCUUAGAAGUUAUUUUAAAUUGCUUGAACUGUUUCUGAACUUCAAACUUGUAUGUUUUAUAUAAUUCUAAACUGUAUUUUAGCUUUAUACUUCAGAGGCAAUGAUUACUUAUUUUUAUAUCUGCAGUUGUCCACAUUAUCACUACAAAUUACACGAUUACUGCAAAAAAAAACAUAAUAAUGGGUAGCAAUUGAGAGAAUUGAGAUGUAUUUUUUUAAACACAGUUCUACUUUAUGAACAAUUGCUGAAUCCUGUUGCUAUCAUGGUGAUGGGAUUUUCUGAUCUCCUACAGGAAAAUGUUAUUAGCCAUUGCAUUUUCUGGGACAGGGUGUUCUUCAACUGCACUUUGUUAGUUCCCUGAUUAACAGAGGCAUUGGGAAGCUUGGAUUUAUUACCUAACAGAGAUUUUGGUAAUAGACCUUAUUGAAGUUCAGUAGUCUAAUGAUGAUGAUGCUUCCACAGUUCCUCCAGUAGAGGGAGGAAAAUGGUGCGACUCUCUCUAGCUUGUUUAACAAUAAAUGCAAAGAAUAGUGUGUUGCAAUUUCAUUUUAAAUCCUUGUAGAUGUACAGAAAAGACAUUGUUCUCAUUCACAUGAAACGAUGAUUUAACACAAUUUUUACACUCUGAAAUCAUCAGUAAAGGCCAUUUUAAUUCUUUCCAUCUGGUAAUAACAAAAAUGUACAUUUUGAUUAAACUAAACAGCAUUUGAAAAUUGUCAUGCUGAUUGGGUUUUCUCUAGGAUUAAGUCUAGGCUCUUGCUGACCUUGCUCUUUGUUCAAUGAGAGGGAAAACCAAUACAUUAGCGAAGAAGAUUCUUAGUUCUGAGAACAUUGAUGUGGAAUUUUCAUGGUUGGAACUAAGGAACAGCUGUAUAUUGACCAUCAAUAGUAGGGAUGGCAUUAAACAGGAAAUCGGAUCCAUAAAAUAAGGACACAACUCUAAUCAAAGGAUAAUUGAUGUACAGUUAGGUCAAACAAAUCGAAUUACAAAUAAUACUGUCGAGGAGGAAUUUCUGGAGUAUAUGCAAGGUUGAUACCAGUAUGGUCAGGAGACAGGCUGUCCUAUUCUGGGUGCAGUGUAAUCAGAAAGGAUUACUAAACAAUCGUGAGGGAAAAGAAUAAUCCUUCUGAUCAUAACUAAUUCUUCAUUAAGAUGAAAAGUUAGAGUUGAUUUUGAAAUGUGUUCCUGAAUCAAAAUAAGCAAUAAUAUUAUUGAGCCAGAGUUGAAAACAUAUAGGUACGGCAGUGGAUGGUCAAAAGCAUAUCUUUAAUGAGAGUGUGAAUUAAUGGUAACAGUCAUUCAUUCUUGUCUGAUGGAAAACUAAAACAGAAAAGGUGACUCAUCUAUGAAUUUCAACAUCUGUGAGGGUUAAUAUCAAAUUUCUGGGGGAAAAGUAGAGAAAAAGCCAGUUAAAGUGGAAACCUGAGGAUUUGGAGCCAAUUAAGGGGGACAAAAGGGUUGAUACAGAAAAGAAAAACAGUGUGUGCACAACCUAGAGAGCACAAACUAAUUGUAAAGGCCUUGAUAGAUAAAUGAGGACAAAUGUAGGCCACUACUGUCAGGAACUGGAGAAAAAAGAUGGCAAGCCAAUUAAGUACAUAGUUUGGUUCUGCAUUCACAAAGGAAACAAAUAAUCUUACAGAAAAAUAGCAUUGAGUAAGAGGGAGGAACUAAAUGAAAUAAAUAUUACAAGGGAAAUAAUUUGGGGGAAAUUAGAGGGAUUAAAGAUUGAUAAAUCCGCAGCCCUGAUGGUCUGCAUCCCAAAGCAUUUCAGGAAGUAGACCUAGAAAUAUGAGAUGCUUUGAUCAACUGGAACUUUUGCAGUGGAUUGGAGGACAGAUAAUCUGACUAUUUAAAAAGAGGCAGAUAGAGAAAAGAGGGAAACUAGAGACCAGUUAUCUUAGAGAUCAAUAAUAGGCAAAUUGCAAGAGUCCAUUAUAAAUGAUGUAAUAGCCUGGGACUUGUGGAAGAGAGAUAUGAUCUGACAAAGUUAACAUUGGUUAAAGGAAAAUUAUACUAGCAAUUCAACUGGAAUUUUUUUAAUGAGCUUUGUUUCAACUUUAAGAAACUUUUUGAUAAAGUUCACAUGUAAAAGAUAUAAGAGAUUGGUAUAUGAAAUUAAACCACUUAGGAUUGAGAGCAAAGUGUUGACGAAUAGAGAACUGGCUGUCUGAAAAGAAACAGAAAUGGGUCCUUUUUUCCCCAAAUUGGCAGAUAGUAUCUUGUGGGACCAAUCUGAUCCUUAAAUAGGCUAUGGCUUGCCCAUCAAGCAUAUUACUUGUCAUGGAAUAUUGUGUUCCCAUCUAUUCUACUUAUGAAAUCCAAUUAAUAUGUUUACAUUCUAGUGUAAUUUAUAAAGCUGCCACCUUGAGAUUCUUGAGUGUUUUAAUCUUUGGUGCUCUAAUAAUGUUCUCUAAUAUGAAGUGUCCCAUAUGUUGAUCUUGUGAUAUGCAUAAUUAAUGAUGUUCUUAUUCAAACACUUUGAUUUGGGCAUCUUUGAGGCCAGCAUUUAUUAACCACUGCUCUCUCUCCUUGAAAGUGAAGGCGAGUAGCAUUCUAGAACUGUCACAUUAUGGAAAUGUAAUCCCAUUUGUUGUGUUGAGUUCCAAAAUUUUAAACCAGCCAUGAGAAAGAAUUGGUGAGUCAGGAUGGGGUGUGAUUUGACACAAUACUUGCUAUUGGCAUUGUUGCUGUGCUCUUGCUAUCAUUUGAAUCACAGCUUUGGAAUAUGCUUGGUAAAUACUGUAAUGUGCAGCCUCAUUGUAUUGAAGAUGGAAGAAGUGAAUAUUUGAACUGGAGUGCACAAUGCUAAUUAAGCAAUGUUUUGAAUGUCUAUUGAUCAAAAGUAUAAGGAGCAUAUCAUAAAUUGAUAUUGUAAGCAAAACUAUAGUUAGAUUGAUUUCUGUUGUCAAAACAUUUAGAAUUGAGAAGGAUAGAUCAUGGUUUUUUUUUAAUGCCAGGUCAAUUACCUUUCAAUAAUGGAAACUAGAUACUGCAUUUUAAAUCUCAGAAUAUCUUUCAUACAGACAAAAUUACCAAUCAUUUAUAUCCAUCCAUAUAGAUGGGUUUCUUCUAAUUAGUGUAUCCCAAUAUAAAUACUCCAUCUGUUUGAACAUGCUGGUACUUUAUAUUUAAGUCUGUUACCAUAGUUUUUGAAAUGUACAUAGCCAGUUCAAAUUAAUUAUUCAUUUGCAAUGGAUUGCUUACAAACUUAAAAUAAUCCGUCUUUCAUCUAUAUGUCACUUUUUUGAUGAGUAAAUUAGCUUUCAGCACACUGAUGAAUUUACUUAUUUUUCCCCACGAGGAAUGUAACUAAUUAUUGUGCGACUUUAUAUUCACUUUCUUUUUCCACCUCUUAUGAUAUCUCUGGAUUAUGUGUGACUGUUUGGGCAUAUUGAAUUUUGCCCUUUUCACUAUUUUGUGAUCUUUAAUCCAUUCUUCAAUAUACAUCCUGAAAUUCUUUUUCUUCACAAACGUCCACAAAAACAGAGGAGUGCCCCAAAGAAUGAAUGACAGUUAAAUGUUAGAACCCCAAAGCCCCCCCCCCCCAACAUUAGCGGCAACAAAGCACAUUGUGAACUUGGUAUGUACUGGAUGGCUUCCACAAGAUAGUUAUUAUCCUCUGCAACUUCCGCCACCUUCAACAGGACCCCCGCCACUAAGCACAUCUUUCCCUCUCUACCCCUCUCAGCUUUUAGCAGGGAUCGUUCCCUCCACGACUACCUGGUUCACACGUCCCCCCCCCCCCCACAGAAUCCCCAUCUGCCAUUUAUCCCUGCAAGCGCAAAUGCUACACCUGUCCCCACACCUCCCCCCUUACCACCAUUCCGGGCCCCAGACAGUCCUUCCAGGUGAGGCAACACUUCACCUGCGAGUCUGCUGGAUUCGUCUAUUGCAUCUAGUGCUCCCGGUGCGGCCUCCUCUACAUCGGUGAGACCCGACGCAGAUUGGGUGACUGCUUCAUCGAGCACCUAUGCUCCGUCCGUCACAAUAGACAGGACCUCCUGGUUGCCACCCAUUUCAAAUCUGCUUUUCAUUCCCAUCUAGAUAUGUCCAUACAUGGCCUCCUCUACUGCCAUGAUGAGGCCAAACUCAGGUUGGAGGAGCAACACCUCAUCUACCAUCUGGGUAGUCUCCAGCCUGGUGGUAUGAACAUUGAAUUCUCCAAUUCCCCCCUGCCCCUUCCCCUAUCCCAGGUCCCUCUCUGCCUCUCUCCCCUUUCAACUUUCUGCUUCUUUAUCUCUAAGGUUCUUUCAUGCUUAUCCCCUCCCCCCUUUAUCUUUCUUCUGAUUGGUUUUCCACCUGGCGCCUCUAAGCCCUACCCCCUCCCCUGUCUCUAUUACUGGGCUUCGGCCUCUCUUCCCCCCCCAUUGCUAAUGAAGGGUCUUGGCCCGAAACGUUGGCUACUCUUAUCUCACGGAUGCUGCCUGGCCUGCUGAGUUCUUCCAGCGUUGUGUACGUAUUCUAGUUAUUAUCUUGCAGUUAAUAACCUGCAAAUGCCAAAUUCUAUUACAAUCAAACACUAAAUAAGGUCUGGUUAAAGUACAUAAAUGGAUUUUGAAGCCUGGGAGAUGGUGGAAAGCUAGAGUGGAAAGAAAAGUGUUGCUCUUAGGAGUUAUAACAUCAAAAUCUGAACAGGAAUGGAAGAUGUGGAGGAACCAAAAGCUAUGGAUCCCUUUAGAUAGCAGAGUGUGUAGGUUAGGUAGCUAAGAAGAAAUGGAAUGUUAGUUGAAUCAUGUAAUAAAGCAGAAAGAUGUCAUAACACAGCUAUCUAUGUAACAUACACUCAGCAGCCCUAUUAGGUGCAGGAGUGAAGCCCAUUGUGGUCUUCUGCUGCUGAAGCCUAUCCACUUCAAGGUUCGGCAUGUGCAUUCAGAGAUGCUCUCUGCAUACCGCUAUUAUAAUGUGUGGUUACUUGAGUUGUUGUUGACUUCCUGUCAGCUUGAAACAGUCUGGGUAUUCUCUGACCACUCUCAUUAACAAGGUAUUUUUGCCCACAGAACUGGCACUCACUAGAUGCUUUUUUAUUGCUUUUUGCAUCAUUCUCUGUAAACUGUAGAGCAGGGGUUCCUAACCUGAGGUCCAGGGACCCCUCAGUUAACAGUAGGGGUCCAUGGCAUAAAAAAGGUUGGGAACCUCCGCUCAUGAGACUGUUAUGUGUGAAAAUCCCAGGAAAUUAGCAGAUUCUGUGAUUCUUGGACCUCCUUGUCUGGUACCAGCAAUCAUUCCACAGUCAAAGUCACUUAGAUCACAUUUCUUCCCCAUUUUGAUGUUUGGUCUGAACAACAACUGAACCACCUGACCAUGUCUACAUAUUUUUAUUCCUUGAGUUGCUGCUACAUCACUGGCUGAUUAGAUAUUUGCAUUAAUGAGCAGGUGUACCUAAUAAAAUGGCCACUGAGUUUAUUACCCCCACAACUAGUGCAUUAUGUACACUUGUGGCUAGUACAUUAUAGGAAAGGUGUGAUAGCAUUACAAAGGGCGUAGAACAAAUUAGCCAGGAUUGUCAGGAAUAUUGAAUUUAAACUGCAUGGAGGUUUGGUUGAAGUUUAUAAAAUUAUGAGAGCCCUAGAGAGUGUGAAUAGGAAAGAUUUUUUUUCUUAUUUGUGUGCUCAGUAGCCUUGCCUGAAUCUAGUAUCCCUAAACAGACACUAUUCUGAAAGGCGUACACAAAAUGCUGGAGGAACUCAGCAGGUCAGACAGCAUCAAUGGAGGAGAACAAUUUCUUCAAUCUCACCAAAUACCACAAUACUAUUGGCAUAAGCUAUCGAUUCUAAUUCUAGUUUCUGUAAUAAAAACACACAAAGGAAAUAAAGGCAUGGAUUAUUUGCAUGUUAAUACCUCA